GUCGCGCACAGAGCGCACAGAGGAGCAGAGAAGAAACAACAGGACACAUCUGACUUAGACCUUCUGACAAAUAUGCAUCCUAACUUUUUGAGCUGGCUGGGGACUCUGGGGCUCCUGCUGUGGGCGCUGGUCUGCCUGGGAGCCUUGACAGAGGGGUACCCAGUGAAACCCGAGAACCCCGGGGAGGAUGCUCCGGCGGAGGAGCUGGCCAAAUACUACUCUGCCUUGAGACACUACAUCAACCUCAUCACGAGACAGAGGUAUGGAAAAAGGUCCAGUCCUGAGAUUCUGGACACGGUGGUCUCAGAGAUGCUGCUGAAGGAAAGCAGAGACACACUUCCACAGUCAAGGCAUAUACGACCCAUCCUUGUGGUGAUGGCCCUCAUUCGUCCACCACCUUGGUCACCUCUGACGCUCUGAUAAUGUCCACGUCUGUCCGUUCAUCCUGCCAUGCCCCACCCAAUCACAGCUCUGUCUUUUCACCUGUUACCUGUUCAAAUUGUUGCAUAGCUUAUCUCUGUCUCUGUGUAUAAGCUUCAAUUACCCAUCUUGCCAUAACACUGUAAAUAGUUUAUUGAGAGUCAUCUGAGCACCCCAAUGAUACAUGGCGGGUGGCGUGUCGAUUGUAUUGUAUAUCUGUGCUA